CAACCUCCAGAUCGAUAAAUUUGUACUCCGUAAAAUCUAUAUUCUAUCUAUAUUUUCCAUUUCGAGCAACGGCAUCCGGAGGCCAUGAGUCUGGACUACACGAACUUGAUGCUGAAGUGCCUGGCGAACUUCUACCACUCCAUCUACUUCUAUGUGUCACUCUUUUCGCUGUCCUACUGCGUUGUACUGUGGCAGGUGCGGCACAGGAUCUACCAGAUGGACUUGUCCUGGGAGAGAAUCUCAUUGGUGUAUAGCUGCGCCGCGGCAAUGAUUCUGAUACUCACCCUGGUAGUCUACUACUCCUGGAUGGCCAUGGUCAUGAUUUGGCGGCAGAAUUGCGUUUAUUAUCGCGCCUCGAAACGCACGAGAUUCCUGUUCAACCUGUACAGAAGGCAGCUGGUGGGGGAGUUGAAGUAGUGAUCUGAUUAAUCCUCGAAUUGCUUGCUAUAAAUUAAUCAGUAUGGCACUAAAUGGGCGAUGGCAAUAUGCAAAUCGUUUAAUCAAAAUGUAAAUGCAAAUGGCGCAAAAAUUAAAAUGUUCUCUCGUCAGAAGUCGCGCAAACAGACAUU